UGUGUGUACUGACAUGUCGAGCUAUUUACUUUUGCACAGUCAAUGUUUUGAAGUAACAUUAAAUCAUAAUAUGAACCAUGGCUCAAGUGUUGAAUACUAGUGAUAUUGUAAGGUGGAACUCGAGUGCUAAUUAUGGUGAAGUUAUAUCAAACUCUACAUCGGAUGAUUUUUUCAAAAAAGAAUAUGAACAAUUUAUAUUUUUCCGUCCGAUCGCGUGUGUGUUUGGAGUUGUCACGUUUCUGUGUAAUAUUAUCAUUGUGGUGUCAAGUGGGCUCAUUUUGAAAAAAGGUAAACAACCAAAAAGCACGUAUUUAUUGCUUGGGAAUGUCUCCCUUGCUGAUAGCAUGAUCGGAUUAACGAUGCUGAUCGGCGCUGUCAUCGAGAACCCUCUGAGUUCAGACCCCAUGUGUAUAUUUCUAAACGGUAUGCUGGUAUGUCCUGCAAUGGUAUCCAUUUUCAGCGUGGGUCUCAUUGCUAUUGACCGGUAUAUUUACAUACUCCACGGACUCUACUAUCAGAGAUGGGUGGACACCACGAAGGUUCGGAUAAGUAUCUGCAUUGUAUGGGUAAUAGGUCUCACUUUGGGAUUCCUUCCAGUGACAGGGUGGAAGAAUCGGGAACUAUCACAUUCACAUUGCUACUACGUAGCACUUUUUCCUGGAGCGUUGAUUCUACUCAAUUCUAUAUUAAGUAUAGUGCCUAUAGUCGUAGUAGCAGUUCUUUAUACCAUAAUACUAAUAAAAGCUUUGAAAAAGGUAAAAGAAAUUAAUGCUGGGAGUAAAUCAACACCAGCAAAUAAACAGUCUAUGAGAUUAUAUAAAGGAAAUACUAACUUUAAUAAAAAUCAUAAAGCCAUUGAUAAGAUUAGAAGAAGCUCAUCUUUUAAUGGAUCUGUAACUAGUAAAAAGUCUGAAGAACUUACUAUAAGAUCUAUGAGUAUUGACAACUUCAAAGAAAUUUCAAUAAAUAGUAUUUCUAUAAAAAUUGCUCAUAAACUUGGACAUGAAUCCGCGAACAGCAUUAGCACUUUAAACUCAUCCGUUGAAAAUAGCAACGUAAGAAUUAAUAACGAUCCUAAAUAUAUUUACGAAUGUGAAAGUGGGCCAAAAGAUUCCAAGAAAGCAAAGGCAAAAGAGGCAACAAAGUGGAGAGCUGUCUACAUUGUUAUGCUUACGACUGGCAGUUUUGUUUGUACGUGGAUCCCAUUUUUUAUAACAGUCAUAUUCUUUGUAUUUUGUGAACAAAAGCUUACGAAUCCGAAAUGCUUGCAGCUUCGAAUGAUGUUAGGAGGUCCUUUAGCAGCUUUAGCAUUCUUGAAUAGCAUUUUCAAUCCAUUAAUAUAUGCGUGGUGGCAUAAAGGAUUCCAGAGAAAUAUUAAAAUGUACUAUAAAAGUUAUCUCAAUAAAAUAUUGUUUUGUAAAACUAAGACCGCAGGAUAGACCAUUAUGUAGCAUUGAUAUAGGUAGUUUACUCAAAAGGCUCUCUAUAUUGGUACAAAUUGAAUAUUUAGUGCUUAAUAAGUUUUAUUUAUUGUA